ACAAUAUUCAUUUUCCAACUCAAUUAAACUUGUAUUCCAGUCCCUUGAGGAUGAGCAACAGCAGCCUGAGCAACUACAGCGAUCACCCAUCUGCAUCCAGUGUCCCAGGAGCCAAGGCAGCCUAUGGAAGCAGACAUCUUGAUGGUAAUACAAAAGCCGCCUUUCGUUCGGCUUCUCCAGCUGUCUCACUAACAGGAGGAGAACCAGAGGAACAAGAGCGCUUUAAACAUAAUAGAAUACAGGUGGAACUUAUGGACGAGUGUGUGGGAGUGGGAGCCAGAAGUGGUAAGAGAAACAAGAAAAGAGGAGAUGUAAAAAAGCACGCCUACGAUCCUAUUUUUGCGGACAUUCCUAUCACACGAGAACAGAUGAAUCACUACCGGAUAAUUGCUGAAAAUUCUCACAGUGAACUGGCAGCUCUGUAUGUAAAAUAUGAAAGUGCACAGUCAGAGUUGCUAGAAGUUCGGACUAAACUUUCCUCCAAAGAGAUGGCAUUACAAGAACUUAAGGCUGAAGUGGAAAACUACAGGGAAAACAAUGCACGACAGUCUGCAAUGAUCACAUCUCUAAGAGCAAGAGUGCAUGAAACAGAGGAGGAAACAGGUCUGCUGGCUACCUCCAAGUCUAGGGCAGAAUCAACCAUUCAGGCAGUUCUUCAUGAAAACCAAGAACUAAAAGACAGACUCCAGGAAAUGGAAUCUAGGCUAAAAACUUAUGUUGCUCAGUGGGAGGACAGCAAAUCGCAGGCUUCAAGGUAUAGCAGGAAUUAUGGACAUUUCCUGGCACAACUGUCUGCCUGCUUGAAUAUAAACAAAACAGGCCACAAGGAUUCAGAGGAACUGGUAAUUUCCAAGGCAAGUGAUCUGUUGAAAGAGAAUAUAGAAUUAAAGGGUAAUGUUGCCACGCUAAAGGAAACCGUCAACGUCCAUGAGACAGAAUCGAAAGCCAGCAGGGAAACCAUCAUGAAACUUGUAUCUGAAAUAAACAAAGAGAAGAAAAAGAGCAGUUCAUUUGUUUCACAAACUGACACCCUCUGCAAGAAUUUGGAAAGUGUCAGUGAUGUGAAGCACUCUUUAGAAAAAGAGAUUGUAAUGCUGCAGGACAGACUGAAGGCAUCACAGAAAGCCUGGGAGGCAUGCAAGCAAGAGCUGAACCAGGUGAAGAAGAGUUCCACUGAGCUAGGCAUGUCGCUCAAGAACAGUGUUGGGGAGGCAAAGGCUACCCAGAGUCUGCUGGAUUUAUUCAAGGAGGAGGUUGCAGCAGCUCUCAGUGAUACUUCUAUUACAGUGAAGCCCAAAGAAGAAGCCAUUUUGGAUAGAAUAAAUGAUUUACAGAAACGGGUGGAAAGCAAAAAAAUAGUGGCCACACAGUUGGAAAGCAAAGUCAGCAAACUCAAUGACCAGCUACAGCACCAAGCCGAUCUGCACCAAGAGGCAAUGCUUAGAGCCAAGAAAGCAGAGCAGCAUCUACAGGAACUGCGAUCACAGCUAAAAGUGGCUGAAGGAGAACUUGUGUCGGGAGACGUCAGGCGUGACAAUCUCAGUUAUGAGAAGCAGAAGUACAUGAAGUUCUUGGAGCACCUGUCUGAAAAGAUGAGGUUGGACAGAAUAACUGCUGAUGUAGGUUUUGACAUGCGUCUGGAUGUCAUCCUUGCCCGUGCAGAUCAGUUGGUCAAACUGGAAUCAGACGCUGUCGUUGAGAAGAAGACGCUUGCACAUGGUCUGCAAAGAAAGUUAAAAGCCCAGAAGGAAAAGUAUGAAAGCAAAGAACUUCACAUGGAACUCCUGAGGAAAAAAAUUGCCCAGUUAGAAGAAGAAAACCAAGUCCGCACAGCUCUGGCAGUGGAGAGAGAUGAGGCCAACCUGACAGUCCGGACUUUGCAGAAGAAGGUGGAGAGAAUGCAGAAAGAAUUAGGUGCAGCUCAGCAAUCAGUCACUGAACUAAAAUCCAGACUUGCAGACACUAAUGAGUUAAAGAUUAAAACACUGGAACAACACAAAACUAUUGAACAGCUGAACAAAUCUGUUGAACAUCUUGAGAAAGAUAAAGGCAAGACUGCAAAGAAGUUGCUGUCUGUAAAAUCAGAGCUCGACUUUACGGAACGAGAAGCAAAAGAGGAAAAAGAGAAAACAGGCAACUACAUAGACGUGGUCACCAGUGAACUGAAGACACUUAAGAAGACCUUAGAAGAAGUUUCCAGGCGGGAGAAACAGCUGGUAGAUUUUCGAGAGGUGGUAUCUCAUUUGCUGGGACUGAAUGUAAAUGGUCUAGCGUUACCUGAUUAUGAGAUUAUCAAAAGGCUUGAAGGACUGGUCCAUUCCCACCACCAUCAUGUUGUUUCCUGUGCAUGA